AAAGAGACGAGAGUGAACCAUGAAAGAAACCCUUGCCAGCUUUUCAACUCUAACCAUGGCUUUUACUGACUGCAUGACACCUACAGACUUCUCUGCUGGGAAAAAGGAGAUCAAGAGGAAAAACUGGAGAAACAGAAUGGGAUUUCUGCUGAAGGCAAGCACGUCCCAGUCUAUACUGCAUCCAAUGAAAAACAAACCCUACAGGCCAAGCGUUGAUGACGUGAACCAAUGGGCACAGUCACUUGACAAACUACUCAGUCACAAAUAUGGAAAAGCUGCCUUCCAUAUCUUUCUGAAGUCUGAGUUCUGCGAGGAGAACAUUGAGUUUUGGACGGCGUGUGAGGACUUUAAGGCACUCACGUCACACAAACAUCUGGUGUCCAAGGCCAACAGCAUCUUUGAGGAGUUCAUUCAAAGCGAAUCUCCUAAAGAGAUAAACCUGGAUUUCCACACCAGAAAUGCUAUCGUCCAGAGUCUCCAUGAACCCACAGCGACUAGCUUUCAGGCAGCUCAGAAGAAAGUCUACAGCCUGAUGGAGAACAACUCCUACCCCAGGUUUAUCCAGUCCGAGCUCUACAAAGAACUAUGUGCCGUUGCCAGAGGGGAGAGCAAGCUCAUAAAGUCCUAGUCAAACUGAAACUCCACACCUGAAGUCAUUUGUUUUCCACUGUGACCCAACGCUGAACACAGAUGAUCUUUAUUCCAAACAAUGGCUCUGGAUUAAAAUCCUGAAUGCAAAUUAAACGGCAGCGGCGAGUGUGGAAAAUGCAAAGUGAAGUUUGUUUUAGUCCAUCCUGCUGAGUUCAACAAGGAAGACGGGAUGAAAAGACUGGAUGUUAAAAGAUGCUGCAUAAAAUGUGCAGGACAUUUUUUAUGAGAUGGAAUCAAAGUUACAGUUUUUACCACCAGGUUGUUACCCACAAUGCAAUUUUAUGGGUUUGAUGCAAUUAUGCACUUCUAAGAAAAUAUUGUAGCACUCCUUUAUUGAAGCUGAGAAGUUAAAAGACUCCUGUCAUAAAACCGACAGCGCUGGAAGAAUGUAUUUUCUGGGACACUUGAAGAUUUUGUUCAGAAGUCGUGCACUUCGCUGUAACUUGAGUUUAUUAUGUUUAAGUUUAAUGCUAUAUUUGCACCAGUUUACACUAAAAAAAACUGCAGCUUAAACUUGUACAGUGAAGUCAACAUUUCCACUGACGACUUUAUUUGGCUUGAAAUUUUAUGUGACAGUGUAAAUAUUGUGAUUUAACAUUUAAUGUGAUGAAUGUUUGAUUGGAUUUUAGGCAGCUGGACUGCUUGUGAAAU